CAAUCUCUCUCUCUCUCUCUCUCUUUCAUACAACACAACACAAUCUGAGUGAAGAGAGCUGACACAUCAAGGAUUUAGGGUUAGGGUUUAUCUUUUCUUGAAUCUUUACCCUUUUCUAAAUUCCAAUUCCAAUGCAAACGAUAAUGGAUCCCACCAAAAAGCGCAAGCUGGACGAGAACGGCUUCGGCGGCGAAUCUGAUCACCUAAAGCUCUCCCCCUCGGAAGGCCGCAAGCUGAUCGAGCGUUUCACCCCUGACCAGCUAAUCAACAUCCUCCAAGACGCCGUCGUCCGCCAUCCCGACGUUCUCUCCGCCGUUCGUGCAGUUGUAGACCCAGACAUCUCCCGACGCAAGCUCUUCAUCCGCGGCCUCGGUUGGGACACCACAACAGAGGGCCUCCGGUCACUUUUUUCAACCUACGGUGAACUCGAAGAAGCCAUCGUCAUCGUUGAUAAGGCCACUGGGAAGUCAAAGGGUUACGGUUUUGUAACCUUCCUCCACGUGGACGGUGCUCUAUUAGCUCUCCGUGAGCCUAGCAAGCGGAUUGACGGGCGCGUUACUGUCACGCAGCUGGCCGCAGCAGGGAAUUCAGGCUCCAACACCAACGCAGCUGACGUUGCCCAACGUAAAAUAUAUGUAUCCAAUGUGCCGCCAGAUCUUCCAGGGGACAAGCUUCUAGCCCACUUCUCAAUUUAUGGGGAGAUCGAGGAAGGUCCAUUGGGCUUUGAUAAGCAGACAGGAAGAUCCAAAGGCUUCGCUCUUUUUGUUUAUAAGACACCUGAGGGGGCAAACGCUGCCGUAUCAGAGCCCGUCAAGAAUGUGGAGGGGCGCCAGUUAAAUUGCAAGCUGGCAAUAACAGAUGGUGGGAAACAGCAAGGGAUGCGGGGUGGCCCGGACGGGGCUCAGGGUCGUGGGAAUGCUCAUGGAAAUGGAUUGGGGAUGGCUCCUGCAGCUGGGUCUGCGUCGGGUCAAUAUGGUGCUUCUGUGGGUAUGGGUUCUUAUGGUGGGUUUUCUGCUGGGCAUCAGGGUCAGCCUCCAAUGGGUAACCAUCCUUUGAGUUCGUCUGUUGGUGGUGGUUUGUCUUCUGUUGGGAAUCAGGCUCCGUCUUCAAUUGGUGGAGCUGGUGGGUAUGGUGGUGGUCAUUAUGGAGGUUACAGUGGGCCAACGGCGGCUGGCUAUGGCGGUAGUGGUGGUGGUGGUGGUGGUGGUUAUGGUGGAGGCAGUGGUGUGACUGGUCCAGGUGUGGGAGCCGGUGGUGGACAUGGUUCUGCUGGAGGUAGUGGUGGACAUGGACUUGCUUCCUUGUACAGAUUACCAAGUUCAGGUGGAAUGCAAGCUGGUGGAUAUCCUGACAGUGGACACUAUAAUUCAUCGGGCUAUCAGAAUCAGCAUCAUCCUCCUGCUGGAGCAUCGCCGGUACCAAGGGUUCAACCUGGUUCCAUGUAUUCAAAUGUGCCUCCUUACUACUAAGGUGUAUCAUCGCUUGUUGGGCGCAGAUCUUUGUGUGCUUCUGGUGAUUGCGUUAUUGCAGACUAUGUGCUCUGGUGUUGUGAUUGUGUUAGCUUGUCCUUUUACAGCCUGUUGAUUUCAUCUGCCCCUUUUUUAAGCUUGUUCCAUGUGUUGUUAGUUAAAAGCUAUUGAGAUAGACUAGUUUUGUACUUUAGCCGGAUCACUUUAGCUGUACAAUCUGUUUUAAUUAUAUUCAUGGAUUAUGGUAUUUUUAUUAUGAGUCUGUACUUGGUUACAUUUUCCUUGGGUUAUCAAUAAUUUCUUCCUGAGUUAUAUUAUACUCUCCUUAUUUGAUGUUGUACCUAAAAAGAAUUUCGUUGUACAAUAUAAAAUGGAUUAUAUUGGUGUCAGCCAUUUUUAA